AUGAAGUUCCUGAUAAUUAUAUUUGCUGUAAUCCUUUGGACUGAAACACUGGCAGAUCAGAGUCCAGAGCCAGGCCCUGAGUAUGCAGAUGUCGUGUUUCUGGUGGACAGCUCUGAUCACCUGGGAAUUAAGUCCUUUCCUCUUGUAAAAAUGUUCAUCAACAAAGUGAUUAACAGUCUCCCCAUAGAGGCCAGCAAGUACCGCGUGGCCCUGGCCCAGUACAGUGACAAGCUCCACGAUGAAUUCCACCUGAACACGUUCAAGAACAGGAGCCUCAUAUUGAACCACCUCAAGAAGAAUUUCAGGUUCAUUGGCGGGUCCCUGCGGAUAGGAAACGCUCUGCAGGAGGCUCACAGGACCUAUUUCUCUGCACCUGCAGAUGGAAGAGACAAGAAAGAGUUUCCCCCAAUUUUGGUGGUCCUGGCUUCGGCCGAGUCUGAGGAUGAGGUGGAAGAGGCUGCAAAGGCCCUGCAGAAAGAUGGGGUAAAAGUCAUCUCUGUGGGGAUGGAGAAAGCUUCUGAGGAAAACCUGAAGGCCAUGGCCACGGCUCAGUUUCAUUUCAACCUUCGGACGGUCAGAGACCUCAGCACGUUUUCCCAAAACAUGACGCAGAUCAUCAAGGAGGCAGCAAAGCAUGAGGCAGGAGCGGCCAGUGCUAAUAUGAGAGUUCCCUUCUCCAUAUCCUGUCAGAAAGAUUCACUUGCUGAUCUUGUGUUCCUGGUGGAUGAGUCACUUGGGACCACAGAAAAUUUAAGGGCUCUUCAGAGCUUCCUGGAGAACAUUACCAGGUCAAUGGAUGUGAAGGACGACUGCAUGCGGCUGGGACUGAUGAGUUACAGCAACAGCACUGAGACUAUUUCUUUUCUGAAAUCAAACACAACUCAAUCUGAAUUUCAGCAGCAAAUCCAGAAGCUUUCUCUGCGGGCUGGAAAAUCCAAUGUCGGGGCUGCCAUUGAGCAGAUGAGAAAAGAAGCCUUCUCAGUGUCAAGUGGCAGCCGAAGGGCACAGGGGGUGCCUCAGAUCGCAGUCCUGGUCACCCACAGACCAUUGGAUGGUGACGCACGUGAUGCCGCACUUAAACUGCGGCUGGAGGACAUAACUGUGUUCACCAUGGGCAUUGAAGGGGCUAACAGUACCCAGUUAGAAGAAAUAGCAUCUUACCCUCCAAGACAGACAGUUUCUAUGCUGAGGUCCUAUGAAAACUUGGAAACUUUCAGUAGGAACUUCCUGAAAAAGAUCCAGAAUGAAAUAUGGUCUCAAAUUUCUACUCAUGCUGAACAAAUGGAACUUGAUAAAACUGGCUGUGUGGAUACGAAGGAGGCCGAUAUCUAUUUCCUCAUUGAUGGCUCAACUAGCAUCCAGGCAAAACAGUUUGAGCAAAUCAAGGCAUUUAUGUCAGCGGUGAUAGAAAUGUUUAGCAUUGGCCCAGACAAAGUCCGAGUUGGAGUUGUGCAGUAUUCAGAUAAGAAGGAAGUGGAAUUUGAUAUCGCUGUCUAUUCUAAUGACAUUGACUUAAGACAGGCUGUUUUUAACAUCAGGCAACUACAAGGUGGUACUUACACUGGGGAAGCCCUGGAUUUCAUACUUCCAAUAAUAAAGAAGGGAAGGAAGGAUAGGACAAGCGAGGUUCCCUGUCACCUCAUUGUACUGACUGAUGGGAUGUCUACAGAUAGAGUCCUGGAACCUGCUGAGAGACUAAGGGCUGAACAAAUCACCAUCCAUGCAAUCGGCAUUGGAGCGGCUAAUAAAAUGCAACUGCAACAAAUUGCUGGGAAAGAAGAAAGGGUUAGCUUUGGGCAUGAAUUUGAUGCUUUAAAAAGCAUCAAAAAUGAAAUUGUUCGCAGCAUCUGCACUGAAAAAGGAUGUGAAGAUAUGAAGACUGACAUCAUGUUUCUGGUGGACGGUUCUUCCAGCAUAGGACAUGAAAAUUUUGGGAAAAUGAAAACCUUCAUGAAAAACCUGCUAUCUAAAGUGCAAAUUGGUGCAGACAAAACCCAAAUUGGUGUCGUUCAGUUCAGUGAUCAUAAUAAGGAAGAGUUCCAGCUUAAUAAAUACCAUACGCAGAAAGAAAUUUCCAAUGCAAUAGAUAGAAUGUCUCUCAUCACUGGAAAUACUUUAACUGGAAGUGCACUAACCUUUGUAGAUCAAUACUUCACCCACCCCAAAGGGGCCCGCCUUGAGGUCAGAAAGUUUCUCAUCCUCAUCACAGAUGGAGAAGCACAGGAUGAUGUGAGAGAUCCUGCCAGGGCUCUUCGGGAUGAAGGCGUGAUCAUCUUCUCUGUUGGGGUGUACGGCGCCAACAGGACUCAGCUAGAGGAGAUUAGUGGGGAUGGCAGCCUAGUUUCCCAUGUUGAGAACUUUGAUGAUCUAAAGGCAAUAGAAAAUAAACUCGCCUUUCACGUGUGUGCACUCCAUGAUUGCAAAAGGAUUAAACUGCUAGACGUUGUGUUUGUGCUGGAUCACUCAGGCAGCAUAAAUUCACAACAGCAAGAAAGCAUGAUUAACCUAACCGUGCAUUUGGUGAAGAAAGCAGAUGUUGGCAGGGACCGAGUUCAGUUUGGAGCUCUCAAAUACUCUGAGCAUCCUGAGAUUCUUUUCUACCUUAAUACAUACCAAAACAGAUCAGGAAUCAUCGAGAACCUGAGGAGGCGCAGGGACACCGGAGGGAGUACCUUCACAGCCAGGGCUCUCGAGCAGGCAAAGACCUUGUUCAGAGAAGAACACGGCAGCCGCAUCAAACAAAACGUGAAGCAGAUGCUCAUUGUCAUCACUGAUGGGGAAUCCCACGACCACGAUCUGCUCAAUGACACAGCAUUGGCAUUAAGGGACAAAGGCAUCACCAUCUUUGCAGUGGGUGUAGGAAAGGCCAAACAAGAUGAACUUGAGGCUAUGGCAGGGGACAAAAAAAAUACUAUCCAUGUAGAGAAUUUCGACAAACUGAAAGAUACUUACCUGCCUCUACAAGAAAAUACGUGUUCCAAUGCACAAGAGGUCUGUGACCUUCAAGAAGCCGACGUGAUUUUCCUUUGUGAUGGCUCUGACAUGGUAUCUGAUUCAGAGUUUGUUACCAUGACAACUUUCUUGUCAGAUUUAAUUGAUAAUUUUGACAUUCAGCCGCAAAGAAUGAAAAUUGGGAUGGCUCAGUUUGGUAGCCGCUACCAGGAAAUUAUUGAGUUGGAAAGCUCUUUGAAUAAAACCCAGUGGAAGACUCAAAUUCAAGCUGUCGCCAGGAGCAAGGGGGUUCCGCGAAUUGAUUUUGCCCUUAAACACGUGAGAGAUAUGUUUGAUCCAUCUGCUGGUGGGAGAAGAAAUGCUGGUGUCCCUCAGACUUUGGUUGUUAUCACCUUUGGGGAUCCCCGCUAUAACGUGGCAGAUGCAGUAAAAACCCUGAAAAAACUUGGAAUUUGUGUCCUGGUUUUGGGCAUAGGAGAUGUUCAUAAAGAACAGCUUCUGCCAAUAACAGGCAAUUCUGAAAAAAUAAUCACUUUUCAAGACUUUAAUAAAUUAAAGAACAUGGAUGUGAAAAAAAGAAUGGUCCGUGAAGUCUGCCAGAGCUGUGGGAAAGCCAAUUGCUUUGUGGACAUAGUGGUCGGGUUCGAUAUUUCCACUCACCUUCAGGGGCAGCCUUUGUUCCAGGGCCACCCCCGACUGGAGUCGUACCUCCCAGGCAUCUUAGAGGACAUCACCUCCAUCAGGGGGGUGAGCUGUGGGGCAGGUGCAGAGACGCAGGUGAGCUUGGCCUUCAAGGUGAACAAUGCCCAAGCAUUCCCUGCCAAGUUCCAAAUCUACCAGAAAGCAGUAUUUGACAGCUUGCUGCAAGUCACUGUCAGUGGGCCAACUCAUCUGAAUGCACAGUUCUUGCAGUCACUGUGGGACACAUUCAAGGAUAAAUCUGCAUCCCGGGGACAGGUGCUGCUUGUAUUUUCAGACGGUCUCCAGGGUGAAAGCAUCCCAAUGCUUGAAGAUCAAUCGGACAGGCUCAGAGAAGCAGGACUUGAUGCUCUACUGGUGGUGUCCCUAAACCCAAUUGCUCAUGAUGAGUUUUCCAGCUUUGAAUUUGGAAAAGGAUUUGAUCACAGGACUCACCUGACCAUUGGAAUGAGAGAUCUAGGCAAAAUGCUAUCACAGUACCUGGGAAACAUUGCAGAGAGGACCUGCUGCUGUACAUUUUGCAAGUGUCCAGGGGAUCCAGGACUUCAUGGGACCCAAGGACUACAAGGCUUGAAGGGUUCUUCAGGCCUGAAAGGCAGCAGAGGACACAACGGAGAGGAGGGAGACCCUGGAAGACGAGGAGAAACUGGACCCCCAGGAGAUAAAGGGAUUGUAGGAUGUCCAGGGGAGCGGGGUCAAAAGGGAGUCCAAGGAUUGCCCGGACAGAAGGGAGAACAUGGAGAUGAUGGGAUUGAUGGACUUGACGGGGUAGAGGGCUUUCAUGGAUUUCCUGGGAAAAAAGGAGAAAAAGGUUAUCCAGGAUCUCAGGGCAGCCCAGGUUCCAGAGGCCCACCUGGGGAAUAUGGAGAGAAGGGCUUCCCAGGAGAUCCUGGUAAUCCAGGACAAAACAGUAACAUCAAAGGACAAAAAGGCUCCAAAGGAGAACAAGGAAGACAAGGUAGAACUGGACAGAAAGGGACGCAAGGCAGUCCUAGUUCCACAGGACACAGAGGAAAAGAAGGCCAACGGGGGCUCCAAGGUGCCUCGGGGGAACCAGGAAAUCCCGGACUUCAAGGUGCACAGGGAGCUGAAGGAUUAAAAGGUCCACAGGGGUUAAAUGGAAAUCCUGGUGAGAAAGGAGAAAAAGGAAGCCAGGGACAUAAAGGACCUCAGGGUUCUCCUGGGCUAGAGGGAGCUAAAGGGAGCAUUGGAAGACCUGGACUUUUGGGGAAAAAAGGAGAACCUGGAAUUCUUGGAGAUCCAGGUCCUGUGGGGCAAGCUGGACAGCGAGGAAAACAGGGCGAUGAUGGCAUCCCAGGCUAUGGUCUUAUGGGACAAAAGGGAGUAAAGGGCCCAAGGGGAUUCCCUGGAGACAUGGGGCAGAAGGGUGAUGUUGGCAAUCCUGGAGUUCCUGGGGGGCCUGGACCCAAAGGGUUUAGGGGACUAACACUCACCAUAGGCACGAAAGGUGAACAGGGAUCUCAAGGACUCCAAGGCCCUCCCGGACGGAGAGGCACUAAAGGCACACCAGGGCAGCCUGUAUAUUCUCAAUGUGAUCUGAUCCAGUUCGUGCGGGGCCAUAGCUCUUGCUGGAAAGAAAAGUGUCCAGUGUAUCCAACAGAGCUGGUAUUUGCCUUGGACCAGUCCUCUGGUACCACAGAACAGAGAUUUAACGAAACAAGGGACAUCAUCACUUCCAUUGUCAAUGACCUUAAUAUCAGGGAAAAUAAUUGUCCCGUGGGAGCAAGAGUUGCUGUCGUUUCCUAUGAUUCAGGCACCAGCUAUCGCAUCCGUUGGUCCGACUACCAUAACAAGAAGCAACUCCUCCAGCUUCUUUCCCAAGUAAAUUAUCAAAUUCCCACAGAGGCUCAAGACAUUGGUAAUGCGAUGAGGUUUGUGGCCCGCAAUGUUUUCAAGCGGACAUAUGCAGGAGCCAAUGUGAGGAGAGUUGCGGUGUUUUUCAGCAAUGGGCGAGCGGACAGUAGGUCAUCCAUCCUCACGGCCACCAUGGAGUUUAAUGCCCUAGAUAUCAGUCCGGCAGUCUUUGCUUUUAAUGAAAGAGUUUUCCUUGAUGAAGCUUUUGGGUUUGACAACACUGGAGCAUUUCAGGUGAUUCCUGUUCUUCCAGAUGGGGAAGGUGAACCGUUAGAAAGGCUUCAGCGCUGUACACUUUGCUAUGAUAAAUGUUUUCCAAAUGCUUGUGCUGAAGAGGUUUUCUUACCUGAGAAUUCAAACAUGGAUGUAGCCUUCCUCUUAGACAAUUCUCGGAAUAUAGCAAAUGAUGAGUUUAAGGCCAUGAAAACCUUGGUGAGCUCAGUGAUUGAUAUCUUCAACAUUGCUUCAAACCCUUUAGUCUCCGAUUCUGGUGAUAGGAUUGCCUUGUUGAGCUAUUCUCCUUGGGGUAGCUCCAGGAGAAAGACUGGUACAGUGAAAACAGAGUUUGAGUUUACAACCUAUGACAACCAAGUCCUCAUGAAGGACCACAUCCAGACUUCCCUUCAACAGCUAGAUGGAGAAGCCACCAUUGGUCGUGCCCUACUGUGGACCAUGGAAAAUAUCUUCUCAGGCACACCCAACCUAAGAAAACACAAGGUCAUCUUUGUAAUCUCAGCUGGAGAAAAUCAUGAGAGAAAGGAAUUUGUGAAGAAUGUGGCUUUGAGGGCCAAGUGUCAAGGCUAUGUCAUAUUUGUGAUUUCUCUGGGCUCUACACAGAAGAAUGACAUGGAAGAGUUAGCCAGCCACCCACUUGAUCACCAUCUGAUACAGCUUGGGAAAAUGCAUAAACCAGAUCUGGAUUAUAUUGUGAAGUUCUUAAAGCCAUUCAUAUACUCAGUCAGACGAGGAUUCAAUCAGUACCCACCACCGAUGCUGGAGAAAGCAUGUAGACUCAUUAAUUUAGAAGAAGAUAAUCAAAAUGGCUAUCUCCAAUUUGCUGCUGACCUACAUGAGGUUUCUCCAGGUGACGACAGCUUCAACAGCCAGAAAUCAAGAGCUGAGAGACACUCAUCUCUUGUGUUGGAAGGCAAUGAAGGUGACCGUUUUCUUCACAUUCCAAGCCAAAUAUUUGAGCCACAGAAAUUAGUGGCUAAUUAUGAAAAAAAUCAAGAGUCUGCGAAAGUUGCACAUCUCAUUUCUGGACAUGAAAAUCAGGACAAAAAAGAAGAGCCAGAUCUUACUUAUGAACCAGGAGAUGCCUCUCUUCAAGAAUAUUACAUGGAUGUGGCUUUCCUCAUAGACUCUUCCCAAAGAGUAGGAAGUGAUGAAUUUAAGGAAAUGAAAGCUUUUAUAAUCUCAGUGCUUGAUUACUUUCACAUUGCCCCAGACCCUCUGACCUCCACCUUAGGAGACAGAGUGGCUGUCCUGAGCUAUUCUCCCCCGAGCUAUAUGCCCAACACUGAAGAAUGCCCCGUCUACCUGGAAUUUGAUUUGGUUACUUAUAAUAGUAUAUACCAAAUGAAACACCAUAUCCAAGAUUCUCUUCAACAGCUCAAUGGAGAUGUUUUUACUGGCCAUGCCCUGCAGUGGACAAUUGACAAUGUCUUCGUAGGAACCCCCAACCCGAGGAAAAACAAAGUUAUGUUUGUAAUAUCUUCCGGCGAAACCAACCCUUUAGACAAGGAAGUCUUAAAGAACGUAUCUCUGAGAGGAAAGUGUCAAGGCUACUCCAUAUUUGUGUUUUCCUUUGGUCCUAUAUAUAAUGCCGUGGAGUUAGAAGAAUUAGCCAGCCACCCCCUGGAUCAUCACUUAGUCCAGCUUGGCCGAACCCACAAGCCAGAUUGGGACUAUGUCAUCAAGUUUGUCAAGCCAUUUGUUCAUUCAAUCAGACGUGCCAUCAACAAAUAUCCCACCAAAGAUCUGAGAGCCAAAUGUGUUAACAUCACCUCUCCAAACCCAGAGAAUGUUGACAUAGAAAACACUGUAUUGCUGAUUCCUGAGGUGUAUGAAAUAGAGACAGAAAACAGUGAGUUGUUUGGUGACUUUGGUUCCCAGAAGCAGCAUUUCUUUGUAUUAGGGAGCAAUCAUAGUACUGGUCCUGAGACCACUAUUGAUUUGAUUCAGAAGUUAUACAGGCUCUUUUCAACUGGGGAAUUGAUGAUGAAAGACAAGGAAGAGGCACAUUCAGAAGAAACUACAGCUCCAGUGAAUGAUAAACAACUAGAAGAAAGAGAUGAUGAGGACGACACAAGAUGAUCAUGGCAGAAAAGAAAACGGCUCCAUUGGCAUGUAUAAUUUCGUGUGUUUCUA